AAAAGGUUACAGAGGAUGAAUAGUUAAGAUGCAAACAUUAUGUGAUUUUGAAGGACUUUCUAUACAUUGGAGCUCGCCAUUAUGAAGGAGAUGGUUGGGGGAUGCUGCGUAUGCUCCGACGAACGUGGAUGGGCAGAGAACCCACUCGUUUAUUGCGAUGGAACUGGUUGUAAUGUCGCCGUACACCAAGCGUGCUAUGGUAUCGUUCAUGUGCCUACGGGACCUUGGUUCUGCAGGAAGUGCGAGUCUCAGGAACGGACUGCUAGAGUGCAGGUUAGCAACAGAAAUAGUACUCCAGAGCCUUCAAGAUGUGAACUUUGCCCCCAGAAGGACGGAGCUCUGAAGAGAACAGACACUGGUGUGAGUUGGUGCCAUGUUGUUUGUGCACUGUUUGUACCGGAGGCCUGGUUUGCCAAUGUUCAGACCAUGGAGCCUAUCGUACUAAAGAAUGUCCCACCUGAGAGGUUCCACAAGACGUGCUAUAUCUGUGAGGAACAUGAUCGCAGCAGUAAGGCUAACCAGGGAGCCUGUAUGCAGUGUAACAAAAACGGAUGUAAACAGAACUUCCACGUUACCUGUGCCCAAGCCCAUGGGCUGCUGUGUGAGGAAGCUGGUAACUAUGGCGACAAUGUCAAGUAUUGUGGAUACUGUGCUUAUCACUACAAAAAACUGAAGAAGGAUGCUAAUAUCAAAAUCAUCCCUGCCUUCAAGCCCAUACCGGCUGACAACGCCACUCCUGACAACUCACCGGAGAAAAAUAUUAAUUCCAACAAGAACUUCAAGAAGGGGAACAAGGCCGAGGCUAAAUAUACAUCAUCAGAAUUGUUCGCCCAGCAACGCGAGUCACGUUCACAGAUCUCUAGUGUUUACUCAGCCGUAGCGUCAGGUGGUGGUGACGCUCCUAAGGAACGAGAGACAAACACACCUCCAUUAUCACACAGUAGUGGUAUCGGUACGUCAGACUCCUCUGCCGUCAGCUCCACAGAAUCCCCGUCUAUGGACGAACAAGACUCUGCAAUCACAGAUCUAGCUCACAAUGGUGACCCAAAACUUCCUCUGGUAGCAGAGCCAAAAUUUAUGGCCCCUAAUUCCAAUGACUCUAGUAUGAUGGGUUCUACAAGUGCAGCAACCAGCUCGUUAGGAGCUCCAGCUACAUCAUUUUCAGGGGUUCUGGAGAACUUUGUGGGUGGAGGGGUGUCAGUGUCAAGACAACAUUCCCUAGACGACUCGGUGACAGAAGAAGAUGAUGAUUCUGAUGUCAUGGAUGGCAAGCGCUCAAGGUCAAGGUCUCUAGAGAAAGGAGAUAAAAAAGUGAAGAGAUUAAAACAAGGACAGGGUUCAUCGGGUACAAAAAAGGUCAAAUCAGGGUCACAAUGUGCGAAAGAGUCGUCACCCCCAGGUACUAAAAAGGCCAAGUGGAAAGGUGACGGCACCAUCAACAGUACGGCAGCUGGACUUGCUGGGAUGAAUAGUUUUGCUACGUUUGGAGGAAGUCCAUAUUUUCAAAGUCUCAGUGCACCAAGUCCAUUGUCUUUGUCGUCGUCUUUUGGACCAUCAAGUAAUAUGAAUGCUGUGAUUCCAGACCUGGAUGGCAGUAAUGAGUUGACAGGAGUGCCAAAAAUGUUUCCGAGCCUUGCAGCUUCACCAUCUAAACAAGAAAACUGUGAUUUCCCAACAAGUCUGGAUCAGUUACUGGAGAGACAGUGGGAACAGGGAUCACAGUUUCUAAUGCAGCAGGGCCAACACUUUGACAUUGCCUCCCUUUUAAGCUGUCUUCAUCAGUUGAAGUCUGAAAACAAGCGUUUAGAGGACCAUAUUCAGAGCCUGACAUCACGCCGGGACCACCUACUGGCAGUGAAUGCACGUCUUUCUCUGUCCUACACCCCAACAAACAAUAUCAACACGACUGACACUAGCCAGAAUAGUCCCAGGGGUUCACAUGAACAAAGUGGAAGAAGCAGCACCAGCCAUAGUCCUAUUGUUAAUUGUAACUCACCCACCACAGCUCAAAUCAACCCAGCAACACUAUCAUCCUCCGCCCUGACAGUUCCAGUGGGAUUACCCAAUCAUACCAUUCAGACUUCUCAACCAUCAUACAAUAUUUCACAUUCUGUCGGAAACCUGUCCAGCAUGGCAACUACAUCCUCUAUAGCAACAGCUAGUGCAGAGAGUUCACAACAGUUAUCUCAACAUAAACUACAGACCAAUCUCACAAACAAGGAUAACACAUGAACGUAGGCGGGUGUUUUACUGAACAUGACACAAAUUGUACUGAGCAUCACGCCACAAGUUGAACUCAGGCUAAAACUGCUGAUCAAGAGUUAUUUUGAUCAGAACAGUUGACAAUGUUAUUGAUGGCAUGGACACAUUGAAGUGUUGUUGCAGUGAAGAGAGGAAGUCCGUGUGCCAGAAUAAUGUGUUCGCAAAGGAGAGCAUAGCCACUCAGUGGCUUAUAGCUUACUAUGGGAUACCUCUUGGGUAAACUUACUUGUGUGCAAUGUUCAUAAUACCAUAAAGAACAAAUUCUGUGACAGGUGAUGACUGGAUGAGUAGUAUGUGUCAUGGUACAAUAGUCUUCGAUUGUAUCAUUGGGUCAGUUGGGUAUAGGGGAUUAUCCAGUCUUUGGUCCAGUCAUGUGAUUGGACAAGUGUUGUGAUUGGUCCACCAGCCAUAUGAUUGGUUCUCCAGUGAUUGGUUCUCCAGUCAUGUGAUUGGUCCACCAGCCAUAUGAUUAGUUCUCCAGUCAUGUGAUUGGUCCUCCAGUCAUAUGAUUGGUUCUCCUGCAGCCAUAUGAUCAGUCCUCCCAUGCGAUGGUCAUCCAGUCAUGUGAUUGGUCCUCCAGUCAUAUGAUCAGUCCUCCCAUGCGAUUGGUCAUCCAGUCAUGUGAUUGAUUCAGUUAUAUAUUGAUCUGCUAUAUGGUUGGUGCAGUUGCGUUUAUUUGUUUUUUGUGUAACAAAGUGUAAAGCUGGUAUGAACUUUCGAUAUAUAUACCCCUAUAUGUAAUUGGUACAUUAUCAAAAAUGAUACAUGUUGAAUGUCUGCCAUCAGAAAAAUUUGCUAAAACAAUUGUGACAUGAAGUUGUCAGGAUUAUCUUGACUUGUCAUGGCAACACCUUCCCAGGGUUAUCUAGUGUUGUCAUGGCAACACCUUCCCAGGGUUAUCUAGUGUUGUCAUGGCAACACCUUCCCAGGGUUAUCUAGCUAUAUAGUGUUGUCAUGACACACCUUCCCAGGGUUAUCUAGCUAUAUAGUGUUGUCAUGACACACCUUCCCAGGGUUAUCUAGCUAUAUAGUGUUGUCAUGACACACCUUCCCAGGGUUAUCUAGCUAUAUAGUGUUGUCAUGACACACCUUCCCAGGGUUAUCUAGCUAUAUAGUGUUGUCAUGACAACACUUUCCCAGGGUUAUCUUGAGUUAUCAUGACAACACUUGUAAGAAUUAUCUUUGGUUGUCAUGAGAACACCUUGUCAAGAUGAUCUUUGGUUGCCAUGCAUGAGAACUAAAGUAGAAUUUAACUGUCACAAUAGUCAUCAGCCUAGCAGCCAUAUUUAAAAACAGAUUUUGCAGAGACUCAGCAGAUAUGGGCAUACUCAUCAAGGUUCAAGAACAUCUAGGAAAAUAGUGUUUCAUGGAUAAAGCAGAGAUUGGUGUGGUCGAGAUAGAUUAAUCGAAAGGCUUGCUCACUUUGGAGAAUUAUACAAAUAAACACUAACUGUACUUGUUAAGGUGAUGUAUGAUCUCACUCAAUUGCAUGUUUUUUUUAUCAUAUUUAAAAACUAAUUUAAUUUUGUUUUCGACAUGAUAAUUUUGUAAUUAAUUGUUGCAUGUAAAAGUGGUUUCAUCAUGCCCAUUCACAUAACAUGUUAUUUUUUGUCUUCAGUCAUUAACGUAAUCAUGAUCAUUGUGUAUGUGUGGAGAUUGUUAUUAGAUUAUAUAUAAUAUUAUUGUUUUUAUCUCCAUCUGUUUUACUGCUGAAUGAAAUGUAUAACAAAUUGUUUAUGACGUCCAAAUGCCAAACACCACCACUAAAUAUCUGAUUGUGUCUCUGGAUUUCCUGUUGCUAUUUUUACCCACAUAUUCUUUGAAUUCCUUGAUUUAUGUGAACAGGUUUAUCUUCCAAGAUUGAUGACAAGUGAAGUUUAAACCUUGAUUGAUAAGGAUGUUAUACCAGUAUCCAACUACUUCAGUCGAACAAAAUGUUAAUUGGAAAAGUACUGUACUAGUUGUUAAAUUUCAUGGGAGCUAAUAUUUCGCAGUUGUCUCAGUACUAGUUCGCGGGUAUUAUAUUUCUACAGUAAACACAACUAUACAUUGGUUUGUAUAUAUAAAUAUUUUUUUGGGGUAUUUAUUUUCGUGCUAUAUGCAAGUAUAUUGUGAAAUUAUUUCCCCCACGAAAAUUACCAACUAUACAGUAUUAAAGAAAUGAUGACAUAAUAAUGAACGACUAGUAGAGGUAAAAAAUGAAUCAAUGAUUUAUUAUACACUUAGGGACAUUAAAUCUGGCUUUCAUUGUAUUUCAUCUCGAAUUCGGUCCCCAGGGGGAAAUAAUUUUUCAAUAUACACUGUAUCACUAAUCAACAGAUCUUAGAACAGAGAUACAUAGUACUACUUUAAUGCAAAUGCAGUUCUUGUACAUCGGAAGUAUAAACGAGAGCUGCUUAAAGAAGAGGGGUAUAUAGAACUCCAUGGACGUAAUAGUCACAGAUGAUAUUUAAUACUUUAUUUAUUUUGUUAAUUUGUUGUUGAAAAUGACAAAUGGCAAAAGUUUCCAAAAAUUGGUAAAACUGAUUUGAAUAUACAUGUAGUAAGCGUGAUAUCGCCCGACACAUAUACAGUCAAACCUGCUCUAACGGCCACCUUGAAUAAGCGGCCAGUCUGUGGUCCGCCCGAUGGAAAACACUAUAUAAUGAACCUUAAAUAAGCGGUCACCUGUCUAACGCGGCCAACAGCCACAAAAAUCUGCCCCGAGUCGUUGUAUCGUCCUGUAUUAAACGGCCAUUUUGUCUGGAAGUAGACAUCCGCGAUGAUUACAUGACUAGGUAUUUUUAUCAAAUUUAUCAAAACUUUGAUCUUUGUUGGUUUUCAUUUCAAAAUACACUGUACUGCAUAUUGUUAUCAAUACCAAUAAGUGCAUUAUAAUAUGAUAAAUUCAAGAAACUGUUGAAAAAAGUAUUUGGCAACAGGCCGUUUCUGGCCAACCUGGUUUAAGCAGCCACCUGUCUUAAGCAGCCAAUAUCUGUCGGUCCCUUGGGUGGCCGCUUAAUACAGGUUUGACUGUACUUACAUAUAUAUAUAUCACUGAGGUAAGGAUAAUUAAACCAGUCCUACCAGACCAUCAGUUGGGUAUCUCGCAAUAUUGUACAGGACAUGUAUAACGUAAAUCAUAAAUUUGUGAUGUUAGAGUUUUGUAUCUGUUUUAUAUAUACAUUUGUAAAAGAUUAUGUAACAGUUACUGUGUCGCGCCCCACCCCUCCCAAAAAAAAAGAAAAAAAAGAAAAAUGUUUCCUUCUUUCCUACUGACCUGGAUUUGUGCCUAUCC